CCGCCCGUCUGGCGGGGAAGAGCGCGCCGGCUGAAUUAAUCAAGAUCAAGGGGCUCCGGGGCUGAGAGCUCAGCCUUAACCCUUCCAGCGCCGCGGGGUACCCAGGUGCCGGAAGAAGAGCGCGGCGGGCAACGGCCGAGAUGCCCAGAGAGACCCAGCGCAGGCCGGCUCUGUUCAUCUCCCCGGCCCCGCACGCUUCGCCCGGGACCCUGGCGCUCAGGCGCUCCGGCGCGAGGCCACAGGCUCCCGAGGCGGCGACAGCGGUGAGCAGCAGCCGCUUCCCGCAGCCUGGGCGCGCCCCGGGCUCCUCCUCCCGCCCCAGCGUGGCCAAGUGAGCACCGCUCGGGCCGCAGGUAGCCGGGGCGCGGGAGGCGGCGCGCGCGGGACCCAUCGCAGCGCCGGGGCCAGACGGAGCUCCGAGCCUCGCGGUCCCGGACGCCAGCGGAGAUCUGCGCCGGCCAUGUGGGGUCCUGGGGUCACCGCCGAGGGCCUUUCGGUGGCUCCAGCGCCACCGCCGCUGCUGCCGCUGCUGCUGCUGCUGGCGCUGGCGUUGGUGGCGCCCUCGCGGGGCGGCGGGGGCUGCGCGGAGCUGGCGUGCGGUGAGCGGGAGCGCUGCUGCGACUCGGCCAACGCCACGGCCGUGCGCUGCUGCAAGCUGCCGCUCCACGCCUUCCUGGACAACGUGGGCUGGUUCGUCCGCAAGCUCUCUGGGCUUCUCAUCCUGCUGGUGCUCUUCGCCAUCGGCUACUUCCUGCAGCGCAUCAUCUGCCCCAGCCCACGCAGGUACCCGCGUGGCCAGGCGCGACCUGGCCAGGCACGACCCGGGCCUCCCGGGAGUGCGGGACCGCCCGGGACCGCGGGGCCACCCGACGACGACGACGACUCGCCCGCUCUGCUGCGCGACGAGGUGGCCGCGGGCUCGCAGGACUCACUGUUGGAUAGUGGUGGUGGUCGGGGCCGAGGAAGUGGCGGACGCCUCCCUCCCUCCUGCGUUUCGGAGCACGAGCUGCACGUGGUGUCACCGGUGUUCCUCCAGCUGCCCAGCUACGAGGAGGUCAAGUACCUGCCCACCUAUGAGGAGUCCAUGCGGCUGCAGCAGCUCAGCCCGGCGGAGGUCGUGCUGCCCGUGUCGGUGCUCGGCCGCCCGCGAGGCGGCAGUGCCGGGGACUCCGACGGCGGCCAGGGCCGUUUCCCGCUCAUCUGAGUUCAGGGAUCCUCAUGGGGAUCGCCCGGAUCCUACAAGGUUGGGGGCUGCGGGUGGCACGCAACAGCUGGUGUGUUGGCGACCGCCACUGACUGCCUCUGACCACACCUAGCAUCCCUGCACAACCUGUAGCCCCGCGCCUGGGUUGGGGUCAGUCCCCUCCCUCUCGUUUCCCGGGGAAUCUGUGUUUUUCUAUGUUUCUUUGGGCUCAAGGCUGGGCAGCUCGGCGGGGCAAUGGCUUAGGACUAGCCCCCAGCUCUUCUUGGACGGCCAUCCCCGCCCUCUGCCAUGCCUCCCCUUGUGUUCACUGUAAGUGCCUGCUUCUCCAAUCCAAAAGAACAGGUAAACCGUUUGGUGUGUUUAGAGACCAGCGGCUUGCUUUACUGUUGUUAAAAGGGAAGGAGCGUAGGUCCAUUCCUUGCUCUCCUGCUUGAACGGGUCACAGUCUCCCAGGACAUAAUGGUGAGGAGCCUUUGGCUCUGGACCAGGACCAGUGACUGCUGCAUGCAGUCUGUGGAAGCAGCGCUUGACUGUGAUGCGAUCCCUGUGAAGGACCCAGAAAACCCUUUGGUGUCUUCCUGGCUCACAGUUUUGUUGGGGAAGGGGUACCAUGAUGGAUGGCUUAGUGGCUGCAGCUGUUCAAGAUGUAGCAACUAAUUAAUCCAGACCGUAUUUGUAAUGUGGUACCAGCGGACUUUGAUUUUUUCAGUAUGUAGACUGUUUAUUUUGUCCUUUAUUUUUAUAUUUUAUCAUGCAUUAGACAGUUCAACAAGUUGACAAGAUAAUCAGUUUUGUUUUAGGCCAGUUACCGUCAAGAAAUCGCCCACGUGUUGUCACUGUUUAAUACAGUGUUGGACAUCAUUUCAUUAAGGGAGGUCAGGGUCAAGCAGGAAAUGUGACAUAAAAACAUGAAGGAUAUCUUAUUUUCACUAUUUGAGAAUAUAUUUUAUUUUUAGUACUGAAGCAUAAUACAUAACUUUUUAUAAUAACUGUGUACAUUAUGUAGCCUGUCUCUGAACUGUAUCAUUCAUCAUGGAAUCAUG